AUGAGCACCAUCACCACCACGACACGGUCCGCGACCGCACUCGCGCCCAGGGUCCCCCUCACGGCCCUGCCCGAGGGCUACGCCUCGCUCUUCUUCGCCGCCGCCGCCCCUCCGCCGGGCAAAAACGCCAUCACCCGCGCCCGCGGCGUGCCGCUCGAGACGUUCAUCGCCAUCAUGCACUUUGUCCGCGACGGCAGCGAGCGCGACCUCGUCCGGGCGACCCAUGUCUGCACGGGCUGGCGGCGCGCCAUCGUCGAGUGCGGCCACCUGUGGAGCGACCUCGACCAGGUCAACGUCGUCGACACGGUCACGGUCGAGCGUGUGCGCGUCGUCGCGGCGAGGGCCAAGGACCACCUGCGCCGUCUCGCCCUCACGUUCGACGUCGAGGACGACCCGUCGCUGUGCCUCACGAUCGCCGUCGUCGUCAAGCAGAUCUUCCGCGAGGUGUCGCGGUGCGGCGCACGCGGCCUCGAGGAGCUCACCGUCGACCUGCGGCCCAUCUUCCACCUCCUCGAGGACCUCGAGCCGGCGUACAACGUCGUCGUCCUCGCCAUCCAGUUCGCCGAGUUCAGCGCCGUCAACCUGCGCACGCUCAAGAUCUUCACGGCCCUCGACCGGUUCCCGAGCGGCGCGCCGUUCCUGUCCAGCCUCCCCGACCUCGACAAGAUGGUCAUCACCUCGGCGCUCAACGACCCGUACGGCGAGAUGCGCCUGCCCGACUUCUUCUCGAUCAUGCCCCUCGAGUCGGCGCAGCUCACGUCGUGCGCCCUGACGAGGCUCGUCCUACGCGGCACGUCGCUCAUGGACUCGACGUUCCCCGACUUUCCCGCCCUGCGCGAGGUCAAGUUGCUCUCGGUCCGCAUCUGCAACCUGUACGGCCUCCUCGUCCGGGCACCGGCGAUCCAGACGCUGUGGCUGCGCAGCGUGCAGACCGAUCCGGCGAAUCGGUUCCUGCCGCCGGCGCCAGGCGGCGGCCCCAAGGACGUCCCGGCGCCUCUCGAGCUCCCGGCCCUUCGUCACCUCUGCAUCGCCGGCGAGUCGCCGCUCCUCUGGGUCCCGCCGACGCCGACCACGUCGCACUUUGUCGUCGUCACGCCAUUCCUCGAGACGGUCGACCUCGGCCAGCAGUACGAUUGCGAGCGCGACGAGGAGUCGGGCAUGCUCCGCGUGUACUUGUCGACGCUGCACCCGACGCCCGACAGCCUCUCGACCCUGUUCCGCAACGCGCCCCACCUGCGCAAGCUGCGCAUGACGAGCCACCACUCGCCGCUCGACAUCCUUUCGCCCGCGCUUCGCCACGCCGCGCCCGACACCCUCACGACGCUCUUGAUCGGCGGCACCAGCUUCGCGACCGACGCGCUCGUCGACAGGCUCGGGCUCGACGUCCUCCCGAGCCUCGUCUGGCUCGACGUCUUUCACCCCGAUGGCAAGGAGGUCAACCGGGUGACGGUCCAGGCGCUCGCACGCCUCGGCGAGCGGUACAAGUCGGUUAAGGUCCCGGCGCUCGGCGGCCCGAACGAGGGCAAAAACGCGCUCACGCUCGUCACCAACGAGCCCUUUACGGCGGCCGACCCGAGCACGUCGGACCUGCGCGCGGCGCUGCGCAACCUCCUCCUCACGCUGUCGCCCGCCCAAGUGUCGCACCUGCCGUCGCAGCUCGCGCUCAACCCUCCUCCCGGCGCCCUGUCGUUCCCCGUCAUCGCGCACGAGAUCAACGUCAUGCCGCUCCCGCCGGCGCGGCCGCCGUUCCCGCUCAAGCCCAACGGCAAGUCGUCGGCGGCGGGCGACCCGCUCGACGACCCGGCGACGGCCGAGCGCAAGCGGCGCAACGCCGCCGCCGCCGCCGCGAGCGCGCCGCGUCCCGUCGCCGACCAGGCCAUGGUGGACGAGGCCAAGCGCGCGCUGCAGCGGUGGCACGUGCGGCGCGAGGAGGAGUGGGCACUCGCGUCGUGCCGGCGCGACGACAGCGGCGUCGAGCUCGUGUGGGGCGUGAGGGAGUACGACGACGAGGGGUGGGCGUGCGGCAAGGCGCACCCGGGUGCGGCCGAGUGGCUCAAGGGCGCCGAGGACGACGACUGA